CUGCACGUGAAGUUCACAGAUGACCCAACUAUCGCCGUGUGCAAUGACAGUGGAGGAUCUGUUUUUGAGCUGGCUUUCAGGAGGGUGAUGGGGAUGCGGUCAUGUGACUCUCGAUGUCUCUUCAGUGGUUCUAAAGGGGAGGUGUGCUGUAUCGAACCUUUGCGUUCUCCUCCGGACUUCAGAGACCAUCCCAUCACGCACUACUCUCUGCUUGCUAUGGCAUCUCUCACCAAGAUUCUGGUCAUCGGAUUAAAGCCGUCCCUGAAAGUCUGGAUGACAUUUCCUUACAAUAAGUCAGAUCCAUCCAGUGUUCCUCAGCUGGCCUGGCAGUUUGUUGCUGUCCAGAAGAUGGUCAAUCCAGUCCUGGCUUUUUGCAAAGGAGAUACCGUCCACUUCCUCUUGGUAAGUGCUGAACUGUGAUACAUCAAAGCUUUCAG